CUUAGAUAGACGACUGGAAUCGUGAAAGAAAGAAAACAGAUGUGAGAAUUAUUAGUUGUCAUUUUCAAGACGUUUGUUUCUAAUUAAUAUUUCAAACCAAAGUGUGUGAUUGCGAAGUUGAGCUGUUGAGCUGUAGGGCCUCGUUGUCAUGGAUGAUGAAGCUACUACUCACCAUGGCAACAGGAAACACAGAGUGAAAGGAACAUCGAAAGAGACGGAGAAAGAACAAGCAAUUCCCCAAGGUUGUGUUGAUUUUGAGGCUGAAUUUGAGAAGAUUGCCCAUGAGAGAGAAGCUCGAGAUAAGCUACAGAAGAAGUACGACAAGCUGAAAAGAAUAUACCUUAAGUUGCAGCAGAAGUACCUGGAAAAAGAGGAACAGAAAAAACAAGCCGAAGAACCUGCCCUGGAGGUCGUGAACGUGAAAGAAGAACCUGAGGAGAAGGAACCGGACAAAAAUCAGCAUUGUCUGACCUCGAGCCAACCAACAGAAGCCCAAGCUAUUGAGAAAAAGAAUUUGUCUCGAAUAGCCCCCAAAAGAAAAUGUUCUCCAAGGAAAUCUCAAAUCCAGGCCAAUGUGGCUUUAUGUGUGACCACGGGUCAUCGAGUCGGAAGUCCCAGAGGGAGGGGCGAGGAGGUGAAAGGAAAAGCAUCCCAUUGCAGGAAUGCUAAAGGCAGGCGUAAAUCAUCUAAACCUCGAAAGAAAGAUGAAGCCAAGAAAAAGAUUCUAAGAAGAAGAAAAAAUGAUGGGAAGAAGGAAGAAGUAAAAGUUUCUGGAGGAUACAGGUGGCUUCUCAGAUCAUGUUGAAGAUGAUGAUGAUGAUGGUUUGUGGUUGGAUGUUGAUAAUGGUGGAAAAUCAGAGACAGAAGCUGUGUCACAGAAGAAGAAACGAAAGCGGACAUAAAA